AUGCCAACUGCAAUAAAUCUCCAUUUGUUUAAAGAUUUAUCCCCACUACAGAUAGUUCUCCUACUAGUCAUAAAAAUAUACUCCAUCAGCAAUGUAUCUCCAAGCGUAUUGAUUAAAAUUGCCCGCUUGAUUGAACACAAGUACACGAUUAAACUGGACAACCAAAACUUGAUAGUAUUGUCUUCUCUAGAAAACCUUCGCGAGUACCUCAAUGACGACUCGUGCUUUAGCCAGCUUUCACAAACAUUAAAGCUAAUCCAAUCGAUAGAGGACUUGGAUCGUGAAAUGAAGGAGUUCAAGGAAUUGGCCACCACUAAACAGAAAACCAACACGAAAACAUUUGCCCCUCUGUCAUUGUUUGGAGCAUUUAUUAUACAGGCGUGUACAUUCUACGAGCAACUUGAAUUUCAUCAAAUCAUUUGCUUGUAUCAACUGUUGGAUCGAUUUCGAGGAGUGCAACACGCUACUCUUCAGGGGAAUGGAAAUCUAGAGAGCGUUCUCGAUGCGCAGCUAGCCAAGCUCAAUGCAAACCCAUCAAAUGAAGUACACAUAUCAAGCUCAAAAGCUUACUUAGAUCAGCUUAUCAAUGAACAGGUGACAAUCCUAGAGACACUAGGUACACCGACACCACCAUAUCUAAAGGAGAUCAUGCGAUUGAUGAGCUCGACUAGAGGCUCAAUCGGCAAAAUGGUCUUUAAUCAUGUGCCAAACUACUACUACUACUUACAAUACUUGGAAAACUUGGCCGAAUUGGACUAUAAUGGGGCUGUUGAUUCAUUGCACCAGUACUUUGACUACAUGGUUAGCAACAACUCCAAAUACUUUUAUCACUUUGCUUUGAUUUCCAAAGCUUCCCUACACCAAUACUUUGGUGAAGAUCAAAAGGCAAUCGAUAGCAUUGAAGCUGCCGUGAGUGUUGCUAGAGAGAACAAAGAUAACGCAACUUUAACAUACAUAUUGAGUUGGUUUUGUAAUUUCAUGCACCACAAACCAUACUUGUGGGCACACCAGUCAUUGUUUAACAAGAACAGCGGAGACAAUUUAUUGGAUUUCAUCAUCAAGAAAAGCUCCACGGUGAGUCAACUGUUGCUUGCACUAAAUUUAGGGUUUGAGACAAUACACAUGAUGAACAAUCUGCAGAGAGUUGCCACGUACACGUCUAAUUUGGUAAAGACAUUGUACGUUGCAGUGAAUGAUCUGAAGUCAACUUUCUCGCGUAGUGCUGCCGUUGCAUCUACUGUUUGGAGUAGACUAGGCAUAGCCUCAUUGAGUGAUGUUUACACUGACAUCGCUCUUUGUUAUUGCGAAAAUUCUUCUGAUCGUACUACUUUGGAAGCUAAAAAACUAUACCGCCAAUUUCAAAAGGGAAUCAACUGUGGAGAGAUGUACUUACAAAUUCUGAGUUUAUCGCCCCACGACAGUUCUCUACAAAAUGUCAUAAGAGUUCAAACUUUGCUAAUGCAGAUAAAGUUGUACUUGCAACAAAAGCGACUCAGAAAAGCAAAAGAAGUGAUGGAUCUACUUGUGGGUAGUAACAUCAAAGACAUAACAUUAAGGAGUGAGGUGUCUUUCCUUGAAAUCGAGAUUGACAUUGAGUACGCAAACUAUAAACAAGCAUUGAGCAAGAUUGAAGCCAUGCAAGAUUGUGAUGACUAUACGCUACUAAGAUUGAGCUUGUUAAAGUGUCAAAUAUUCAAUCGUUCGGGCACUGUUCCGAUGUCGCUACUAGUGCAAGUGAUGUCCUUGAGCGACAAGUUUGGUUUUGCAUCUCUCUUUAUCGAAGCUACACUCUUACUUCUUGAAACUUUGCAAAAACAUGGACACAAAGAGGAGGCUGAAAAAUACGUUGAUUCAGUGAUGCCAAUGGCGUUCACAUGCGGUGAUGAAAAUCUCAUUCGGUUGGCGCAGACGAUUGGGAAGAAAGGAGUAUAUAAAUAA